AUGAAGCAACUUGCUUUGAAUCUUGUUCUUGAAAGUAUAAAUGUGGUUCGGUUAUUUUCAAAUAGUUCAGAGGUUGCCAAAAGGGGAUUGUCCAAGAUAAGUGAACAAUAUUCAAAGCAACCUGCCAUAGUGACAACCUCACAGAGUCUUGUGCCAGGUGGAGACAGUAAGUUCCUCUUCUUGAAGCACCAGUAUGGGGUUCGCUAUACUCUUACUUUGGUGAAGGUGUGUUCUCUUUACUUCUCAACCUUCUUUGAGUUUCCUAACUGUGGCUUAUUUCAAUUUUUAUUUGCAUCCACUUUCCACUUUGUGUAUCUUCUUUUCAGACUUCACCUGGGGCCUCCACAGCUGUUGAUAUUGUCUACAGACAUAUUCCAUCAGUUGGCUGAAAAGCCAAAGUCAAUAACUACCUUGAGUAUCGAAAAGAUGAGUGAUGCGUACAUAUCAAUGGCAAGGAAAGAUAGGGUGGAAUCUGGUGAAGGGACGUAUUUUCCAGCUCUUAAUGUUGGUCUAGAUAAACCUUCUACACUGAAAUUCAAUGAAGUUGACAAUGAGAGCAAAAAUAGACUUAAAGAAUUGGAGGAAUCACAAGCAAAAAUCUCAGGACUUGAGGAGACCAUUGAAAGGUUAGAUGCAAACUUAUCCAACCUUGAAUCAGAAAAUCAAGUUUUGAGACAACAAGCAUUGGUUGCUUCAAAAAAUGAAGACCUCAUAGAAGAAACUGAAAAGUAA